AGAUGAACCCGUGGACCAAGGCAACCGCCAGAAAACCCUAGACGUGGUCGUGUCACCAGCCGUUACCUGCCUAUGUCGGUGGGAUGCUCUUCGUCCUGGGCGUCUUCCUCUCCUUCUACGUCCUGACCGUCCUCAUCGCAUGCUGGGAAAACUGGAGGCAGCAGAAGAAGAAGCGCCUGGGCCUCUUGGCUGCUAUGGACACGCCCACCACCGAAACAGCCUCUCUCCUGGGCCGUGCUCCUCCUCCUCCUCCCCACAUCACCCCCGACUCCUUCCUAGGACGCCCGGCUUUCAAUAGCUACAGCUAUGGCUCCUUCGACAACGGUUCCACCACCAGCACCGAAAACGUCACCGACAGCCUCCUCUCCACCGAAGCCUCCUACAGUUACACAGGGCAGGACCCGUGCCAGCGCCGCCAGAGACACUGGGCCAUCCCUAUGGACCGCUCCUUGGAGAACAUGGCUGGGCGGCCGAGGCUGGACUCGCUCAGCUCCGUGGAGGAGGACGACUACGACACUUUGGCCGACAUUGACUCGGAUAAAAACGUCAUCCGCACCAAGCAAUACCUGUAUGUGGCAGACCUGGCUCGCAAAGACAAGCGAGUGUUGCGGAAGAAGUACCAGAUCUACUUCUGGAACAUCGCCACUAUCGCGGUCUUCUACGCUCUGCCGGUCAUCCAGCUGGUCAUCACAUACCAGACGGUGGUGAAUGUUACCGGGAACCAAGACAUUUGCUACUACAACUUCCUGUGCGCCCACCCUCUGGGCAACCUCAGCGCCUUCAACAACAUCCUCAGCAACCUGGGCUACAUCCUGCUGGGCCUCCUCUUCCUGCUCAUCAUCCUCCAGCGCGAGAUCAACUACAACCGGGCAUUGAUGCGCAACGACCUUCAAGCUGUGGAGUGUGGCAUCCCCAAGCACUUUGGCCUCUUCUAUGCCAUGGGCACGGCCCUCAUGAUGGAGGGGCUCCUCAGCGCCUGCUACCACGUCUGCCCCAACUACACCAACUUCCAGUUCGACACCUCCUUCAUGUACAUGAUUGCCGGGCUCUGCAUGCUGAAGCUCUACCAGAAGCGGCACCCGGACAUCAACGCCAGCGCCUACAGCGCCUACGCCUGCCUCGCCAUCGUCAUCUUCUUCUCCGUCGUCGGCGUGGUCUUUGGGAAGGGCAACAUGGCCUUCUGGAUCGUCUUCUCGGUCAUCCACAUCGUCUCCACGCUGCUGCUCAGCACCCAGCUCUAUUACAUGGGCCGCUGGAAGCUGGACUCUGGCAUCCUGCGCAGGAUUCUGCAUGUCCUUUACACCGACUGCAUCCGCCAGUGCAGUGGGCCCAUGUAUGUGGAUCGGAUGGUGCUCCUGGUGAUGGGCAACAUCAUCAACUGGUCCCUCGCUGCGUACGGCCUCAUCAUGCACCCCAACGACUUUGCUUCCUACCUGCUGGCCAUCGGCAUCUGCAACCUGCUCCUCUACUUCGCCUUCUACAUCAUCAUGAAGCUCCGGAGCGGCGAGCGGCUCAAGCUGAUCUCCCUGCUCUGCAUCGUCUGCACGUCGGUCGUCUGGGGCUUUGCCCUCUACUUCUUCUUCCAGGGACUCAGCACCUGGCAGAAAACACCGGCUGAGUCCCGGGAGCACAACCGGGAGUGUGUCCUCCUCAACUUCUUUGAUGACCACGACGUCUGGCACUUCCUCUCGUCCAUCGCCAUGUUCGGCUCCUUCCUGGUUUUGCUGACUCUGGAUGACGACCUGGAUUCCGUCCAGCGGGACAAGAUCUACGUCUUCUAGGCGGAUGGGCGGGCGGGCGGAGGGAUGCCUGCCGUUCCUGUGGUCCGAGGGGGGGGUCCCUGCCGCCCCUCCCACAAAAGCCAGGCCUGCUUCUCCCACCAGCAGUGCAUUUGGGGGGAGAACGAGCCGUGGGAGCGGAGGGGGCGGUGGGCGACCCUUCCUUUCUCCGUCCGUGCCGAACGAUGUGUCCGAGGAACGGGCACCUUAUAUGGACGAAGCUGGCCAAACAACCCUAAGACGACAGAUCCGUUCUCAACCAGCCGUUACAGAGAAGGGCCACCUCGAGCCCGGCUCGGCCUCCUUGCGCACACCUCUUGCCGGCCGAAAGCACAUCCCUCGAGCCCCUUGUUGUUGACCAAGGCCUGCCAACUGCCAAAUGUGGCCUUCCAGAGCGGGAGGGGCUCGCUUGCCAACGAGAAGGACCUUCUUCUGGGGAGAGAGAGAGAGAGAGACAAAGGGCCACUUCCGGGCCCUCCAAGCACAUGCCUCUUCGGUGCCUAAUUCGGGGCCCCUCCGCUUCCUCUUCCUCUUGCCUUUCUGCCCGGAAUCCGGGAAGGGGUCCCAGGCAGCUCUUCUCUCCCUUCCUUCCUUCCUUCCUUCCUUCCUUCCUUCCUUCCUUCCUUCCUUCCUUCCUUCCUUCCUUUCGGGGAGACUGCCUUCCUCUUCCUUCUGUGGUCAUCCCUGGCAGCCAGCCACGAGUGACCGCUGACCGUUUGCAUUGUACUGCCUGAAACUGCCCCGAUGACGAAAGACAACAAACGUGUUUUGGGCACGGAUCCCAUCCGCGUCCCCUUCCCCUUUUUUCCCUCGUACGAACAGCACAAACCACGGCUGAGGUCCAGCGUGGCCGGCUUUUGCAGCGGGUUGCUGUAUCAGUAGCCCAGGGGCAAAUCUUUUUUCGGGCGGCAGCUGCUAGUCGUUCUCCUUUUGUGCGUCCGUUCCUGGUUCUUCCGGUCGUGUUUUAAAAACGGUUUUCGGGGGGUCGUUGUGGGUUUUUUUCUUUCGGUUUUCCUUUUUAAUCAUCCCAACGUUGCUGCUGCAGAACCGGAAAUUAACUCUUCUCGUUUCUACAGAUUAUGUUGCCAAAUGCAAAGAAAUAAUAAAAAACAACGGUUAUAAAUUA